AUGUCCUUUCUCAGGUCUUUCGUAGGACCGUCUUCCAACUCACUUUGUUACUCGUCGAGUUCAAUGCCUUCAGUCACCGAGAUCUUAUUUGUUUCAUUUGCCAUUUUCAAGAACUCUGAGAACUCUGAAGUCUUUUCCAGGGUUUCGAUGGCUGUAAAACUUGUUUAUGUUUACGAUAAACUUGACCCAUAUGAGAAGACACGUUUCAGUCAAAUACGUUCCGAGGAUGAGAAUUGUAGACUUAUAUAUGAUGCUCUUGUCGACCUUUCUGGGUACUUGACAGACUUUCACAGGAGCAAGUGUAUCGUCCUAAUCGAUGAAUACGACCAUCCUCUUGUCGUUGAUUACCGGUAUCAAUAUUAUGAAGAAGCGUGGUUUUUUUGCUUCUUUGUUUGGAGCGCAAGCAUUUAUUACAAAGGCCUUCUUGGUGUUUCUCGCAUUGCUAAGUCAGGAUAUUUAUCAGGGCUUAAUAAUUUGAAAAAAGGUCAGUUGGAUGAUGUCAGGAAAUGGUACGAUGAAUACUGGGCCGGAAAUGAUCUUCAUCUGUCCCAUGGUCGAUAA